AUGAACCCAAACGGUCAAGCCAUUGUGAGAGCUGUAAGGGAGAAACCUUCAGCCCUCCAAACUCUACAGCAGGAGCAUCAGGUAGGACAAGAACUUAGGAGGGUUGGAGGAGAAAACUAUACUGUGGUCAGAUCUCCCUCUAAAAUGUUAUCACCUGAACAACAGAGUUUUCAAACCUAA